AUGUGCCUGAAGCAUACUCUGUCCUAUGACCGCCACGGAAUUACUGGUCUCCGGUUGCUAUCUACUGCUUUUCUAUGCCUGAAGAACAUAUGUUUGUUUCUGAACGCUUGCCAGAAUGUUUUCGGUCUCGAACCAAGCGCGCUGUUCGAAGCAUGGGAGUUAUACAAGGUAGCGGAUUUCGGCAAAGUGCUCAAUACGCUGUCGAAGCUGUCCAAGUGCCCAGUCGCCGUUCGUCUUGGUGUCACUGGCUUUCCUGACGAGAACUCCUCGGUCGCGGUCGAACACGAAUAUUACAACGACGAGAUCUACCGAGAGCUAGCCGAAGUUGCAGAUUCCAAGGAACUCACUGAAGAAGUUUAUGAUCAGGUCAGCGAUGAAGACCGUGACAAGAUCUAUGACCACUUAGUCACCAAAGCGCCUUUGGGUAAAGAAGAGUUUCAGUUCUACACUCCGCUCAAGGACGUUCUUAGUGCCGAAGACCAUAAUACGGUUUUCAUGAACUUGCCGCUUUUAGUGCAUAUUCACGCGUCGUUCAAAAAGGAAUUAUGGAAGGCCGUUCGGCUGUCCGUGGGAUUGAUCUCAUCGCCAACGACGCCGUGCGCUACGCCGGGGACACCGACCGGGACAGGGACAGAGGCUGCGGCGGCGACUCAUCGCAUAGGCGACGUUUUCGUGAAAUACAAAGGCCACUUCGUCUGCUACGGCGACUACUGCAGCCAGUUGACCAGGGCUCAACGCCGUAUCGAUCAGUUGUGCGCCGAAAACAGCUAUGUGAAGCAAAAGAUCUCAGAACUUGUCAAACUGACUCCAAUGGACGACGAAAGCAGGCCUUCUUUACAGCUCGGCUGGGACGCUAUGCGGGACCUGUCGUUGUACCUGAACGAGGUGACGAGGGAUUGCGAAACGCGGCAGAUCAUCCGCGACAUCCAGGCGAGCAUCGUCGACCUCCGUAUGCCUGACAACACGGAACUGUGCGACUAUGGUCGACUGCAUAAAGACGGCGAGCUGCGGAUCUUCUCUCAUUACGAUCGCGACAAGAAGCUUAAAAUCAGGUACAUCUUCGUGUUCGACAAAGUACUGCUGAUCUGUAAACCGGGCAAGAAUAAUCAAUACAGUUUCAAGGACGCGCUGAUUCUUCGCGAGUAUCGCGUCGAAGACAUGAACGAAGCGAAUGGAAGCACGCGGCAGACAAUAAAACUGACACCGAAGUGGACUUUCUCGUGGUGCCUAGUUCAUCGAAAUUUAGAGACGGUUUACGCAAUGUACACGAAGUCGAUAGAAGCGAAGGAAAGUUGGCUGCUGGCAAUAAAAACUGCACAGUAA